UGAUUGUUUCGAUGUUUAAUGUAAAACGAGUUUAUUUUUCUUGUCUCAGUUGAACUCCUCUCACUAAGUUACAGGUGAAGAGCAUAAAGGAUUACAGAGAACAUGAAUGCUCCAGAACCCUGCGGAAUAAAGCAAGAAGACACCGAAGAACAAAUAGACCUGAUGGAAGAGAACAAGGAGAUGGAAGAAGUGAUUGAAGCGGGGAAGAAACAUCAUGACAUCAAAACUGAUGAAGCAUCCUUGAAUCCCUCGUUGCAAACAAGAGCCCAAAUAUGUUUCACUUGCCCUCAGUGUGGAGAGAGUUUCUCAAGCGAACAAAGUCUUAAUCUUCACAUGAAAUUUCACAGUGGAAUGAAGCCGUACGAAUGUGAUCAGUGUGAGAAGACUUUCAGGCAAAAAGCAAACCUUGCCAAACACAGUAAAAUCCACACUGACGAGAAGCCACACGCGUGUGAUCAGUGCGGGAAGAAGUUCAGAAAUAAAGGAAACCUUAAUGAACACAUGAAAAUCCACACGGGAGCGAUGCCAUACGCGUGUGAUCAGUGUGGGAGGAAAUUCAGACAUAAAGGAAACCUUAAUAAACACAUAAAAAUGCACGCCGGAGAGAAGCCCUGGAGAAUAACCACUGGAGAAAAACGGCACGCAUGCAGUCAGUGUGGAAAGAAGUUCAGACAAAAACACCUCCUUGAUCAACACAUGAGAGUCCACACUGGAGAGAAGCCGCACUCGUGCGAUCACUGCGGGGAAAGUUUCACACGAAAACAGAUCCUUAAUGAUCACAUAAAAAUCCACACGGGAGAAAACCUGCACACCUGUGAUCAGUGCGGGAAGAGUUUCAGAAAGUCAAGUGUUUUCAAAGUGCAUCUGCUCACUCAUUCUAGAGAAAGAAUUUAUAACUGUGACCAGUGCAGUAAAACAUUUUUUAGGCCAGAUGCCCUGAAGGACCACCUGAAAAUUCACUCAGAGGAGAGGCCUCACGUAUGUUCUUUGUGUGCAAAGAGCUUUAGACACCUGAAUGGUUUAAAAGUACACCAGAAAAGACACAGCGGUGUGAAGGAUCACAUUUGCUCUGAGUGUGGAAAGACUUUUUUUACACUCUCUGUACUGAAACUGCACCAGAGAGUUCACACCGGAGAAAAACCUUACCAGUGUUCACACUGUGACAAGACAUUCAGUAUUUUAGGAAACCUGAAAAGACACAAGAGUGUCCACACUUGAUCGAAGCCAUAUAUCACUGCCAGUCAUGUGAGAAGAGUUUCACGCAAUGAAGGCAUGUUUAGUUCAUGUUCAGAUCUUGUGCUUUCAGGUGCGAUGCUGCGUCCUCAAUGAACUGAAUCUGACAAUUCUUUGCAUGUGUGUGUGUGUGUGUGUGCGCGCGUUACUUCAGGAGAGCAACCCUACAUUUGUGUUGUUUUAUUUUCUUUCUUA